ACAAAUCUAUUACAUUUAUUGAGUAGUAUGGCAGGGAGUGUCAAGAACAUAGUGAUAGGUGGAGGCACUGGUAACAUAGGGAAAUACCUUGUCAGCAGUCUCAUCAAAGGGGGUCACAAUGUUUCCGUCAUUUCCAGACAAGCAUGGGCCUUGAAUAAAGCGUCAAAAGUAGCUCCUGCUGAUGGAGCAAGACAUCAGAUGGCAAAGAAUUUCAUAAGCUGGAAAGAUAUUGAUAAAGAUGGACUGCCUUUGGACACGGAUGUUGUUAUAAAUUUAUCUGGCCAGUCAAUUGGCAAGCCGGGACCUUGGGUAAAUUCAAUAAAGAAAUCCAUUACCAGCAGCAGAAUCGACACAACAACAAAACUUGCCAAAGCAAUUGCUAAAUCUGAGGCUCCUCCAAAACUGUUUAUAUCUGCUUCUGCUGUUGGAGUGUACGGUCUGGAUGCCGAGAAGACAUACACAGAGUCAGACCCUCCGGUAGCUAAAGGAAAGGAAACCUACUUUACCGACCUCUGCUUGAAGUGGGAGGAGAGCUCUAAACUAACAGAGGAAUGUCAAACCAGAGUUGUUAACCCUAGAUUCGGGGUGGUGCUGGCAUACAACACAGAUCCUAUGAGAAUUUUGUUACCACAAGGCCUUCUUUUUGGUGGAACUGUGGUCGGAUCAGGUGAGCAACCCUUCCCCUGGAUACACAUUGACGAUACAGUGAGCGCCCUGGAGAUGAUGAUUGAGAAUGAGGAAGUCAGUGGGCCUGUCAACUUUGUGGCUCCGCAAAUUGUCGACAACUCUCAGUUCACUCGGGCGUUGGCUGAUGCGUGUAUGACUAGUGUACAGAAGAUCACCUUGCCUGCACCUCUUGUUCGGCUCAUGUACGGAACAGAAAGAGCAGACUGUAUUCUUUUAGACAGUCCCAAAGUUGUCCCUCAGAAACUGCUGGACUUUGGUUUUCAGUUCCAGCACAAAGACAUUGACUCUGCCAUGAAGGCCAUGGUGGACUCACUGGAGGGCUGUACAACUCCGGGGAUGAGGGUCUUUAAAAUGGUCAUUGGUAGAAAUAAAAAGGCUGCAAAGUAGGCUUCCCCCAAAGUAGCGCUAUGAAUUGAAAAGCACUCUGUUCUAUUUUGCCUGGUGAUUAUGGCAAGUGUAGCUGGCUAGUGCCUAUCAAAUCGCUUCCGGCUUCAGUGAUAUCAGCUGAUUUCUUAUAUAGAGUUAAAUUUAGGGAUAAUCUUAAUUGUGUGGAUUCAAUUGUUAAAGAAAAACAAAAGGAAUUCUGGUCAACUUGUUGUAGUCCUUCGGUAUUCUAGGUACAAACCUGUGACCCUUGUAAAAUAAAAAGAAUCUGGAGGACAAAUUUGAUGAUUAUUAUAUUUUAUCAAUCUUAUAGAUUUGAAAGUUUGAUGUUAACUUAGUUCUGUUUUGUAAUUAGGAUUUUGUAUUUAAUUUAUUUACAACG